CCCGUUCUCGCGAGACCCGUUUGAACGGGUGGCGCGGUCCCGCCAGGCAGGGCGGCCCGGGGCGAUGCCGCUCCAGGUCCGCUUGUUCCGCACAUACUCGCGGCGCGGCGGGCACCUCCGCCCGCCACCGCGGCCCGACCGAUGGAUUUCGCCGCCGCAGGACCGCAGGCGGCUGUUCAGCUCCAGCUCGGCCGGUUCCAGCACCGCCUCGGCCGGCUCCAGCGCCCUCUCCGACGACUCCGACUUCUCGCCGCCAGGCAAGCGCCGCCGCCAGCCGCUGGGUAAUCGCCCCGUUCGGCCCUGGCGCCUGCGGACUCGCCGCGGCGGCACCGCGGAGAAGGAGAACGACCCGCCGGGUUCGCCGCUCGUCCCCUCCCCGUCGCCGCUCCCGGCCCCGCGCGGAGCCGCCCGCCGCCGCCAGGGGCCGCUCUGCGGGGCGCAGCGCCCCCUGCUGUGCAGCACCCCGCAGUGGCCGUCCCCGGGCGCCGCUCGCCGCCCGCCCCGCCGCCGCCGGGCCCCGCCGGGCCGCCUGGCCCUGUUCAGCACCACGCUGCAGGGCGGCUCGGGGCUGGACGGCAGCCCGGGGCUCCGCUCCCCGCCGCGCAGGCAGCGAUCGGACUCGGCCGGCAGCGCCCAGAGCUCGCUGGAGUCACCGCGGGGAGAGCCGGAGCCCGUCCCGCCGUCGCCCAGGGCUGACAGCGAGGGGGAGGAGGCUGGACGGGCCCGUCCCGACGGCGCGGGCAGGAGCAGCGAGCCGGGCCCGGGGUUGCGGAGUUCCCGCAGGGCUGUGAGGGUGUCGGUGCAGGGACCCCGCGGGGCACAAGCUCCCCUGUCCCCACAGAACAGCUCACCCAGCCCCCGGGCAGCGCUGCCUCCGGCUAACGAGCCACAGCACUCAGCGCUGUGUGUCAGUGCCACUCCCGACGAACAAUUUUGUCAUCUAAAAAGAGACUCAACACCAGGAAGCUCGUGCUGUCAGAGUGGCAAAAACAAGCAGCACCAUCUCACACCAGUGGUGGUCUUGGACCCUCACGAAGUGUCAGUGUGGCUGACAAGCAGGAAAUGCAACAAAAAGGCAGAUAUUCAACCCACUUGCCAGCAGCCACUGUCUCCUUUGGAGCUUCAAGGAACCCUGGAGAAUAAAUACAGAAGUACCAAGGUUGUUUCUGGAGGGGGCAGCACCUGUAGAAAAGCCUGUAUCAGCGGCUUCAGCGCCAGCCGCUGGGGGAGGCAAACGAGGCUCCGUCCGCUAAGGCACAAAAAUAAGAGACUGCAGCAGCCUAACAACUCCCUUUUCAGGCCACAGAUGAGGCAAAAAAGAAUGAAGAAGGGUGUUCUGGAGAUGUCUGUAGACAUAAAAGGCAAUGACUGUUCACUCCUCAAUAACUCCUAUUCCUGGGGUAGAGUUCGAGCGUCUUUGUCCUUCCACAAGAAGAAGAAGGUUACGGCAGAAGAGAGUUUCUGCAGCAGCGUUCUUUGUACCCCUUCUGCGAAAUCCCUGCUGUCAGGGCACCAAGCAACCCCGUCCGCUGGUGAGGAUCAGGACCGCUCUUGGUCGGCCUCCUCCGUGUUCCUGCUGGCUCCCAGGAGCUGCUGUUCCGCCCUGGAGCUCGCGCUCACAGAUGCAGAGAAGGUGUUUGGGGAAUGCCACCAGGAAGGGCCUGUGGCGUUUGAGGAUUGUAUCCCUUUAGAUAAGAUGAAAGAUUGCAAGAAAAUUGGAGAAGGGGUAUUUGGAGAGGUCUUCCAGAUUGACAGUGAGAGAGGACCUGUGGCCUUGAAAAUAAUUCCCAUUGAGGGGACUGAAAGAGUAAAUGGUGAAGCUCAAAAGACCUUUGGAGAGAUUCUGCCUGAGAUAAUAAUUUCCAAAGAACUCAGUCUUCUGUCUGAAGAAUCUGUGAACAGGACUGAUGGGUUCAUCACCUUGUACUCUGUGCACUGUGUGCAAGGGGCCUAUCCCAAGUAUCUCCUGGAAGCCUGGGACAAAUACCACAAAGUAAGGGGAUCAGAAAAUGAUCGGCCAGACUUUUUCGGGGACAAACAACUCUUCAUGGUACUGGAGUUUGAAUUUGGGGGCAGAGACUUGGAGAACAUGAGAAACAGUCUCAGUUCAGUGAUAUUGGCAAAGAGCGUUUUGCAGCAGGUGACGGCUGCCCUGGCCGUGGCGGAGCAGGAGCUGCACUUCGAGCACAGAGACCUGCACUGGGGCAACGUGCUGGUGAAGAAAACGGAUGUAAAGGAACUUCAUUAUGUGUUGAAUGGGACAACACACACCAUCCACACAGCAGGGAUUCACGUCAACAUCAUAGAUUAUACCUUGUCUCGGCUGGAGAAAGACGGGUUAACUGUGUUUUGUGACCUUUCCACUGAUGAGGAACUCUUUGAAGGCACGGGGGACUACCAGUUCGAUAUCUACAGGCAGAUGAAAGCCGAGAACUCCAACAGCUGGACUGACUAUCACCCUCACAGCAACGUCCUCUGGCUGCACUACUUGGCAGAUAAACUUUUGAAAGACAUGGCCUACAAGCAUAAAAAACUGAAUUCUUCCACGAGGAAAACAAAGCAGCAGCUCACGAAGUUCCACAAAGAAGUUCUGACCUUCGAGUCUGCCGGUGACGUUUUGCAGAACAGCAGCCUGUUCCAGUGAGCUGGAACGGUGAUGUUCCCCAGAACUAACACACUGAUACUGCCUCGCUCCUUUGCUGGUUUUUAUGUAUGAUCUUUUAAAACAUUGGCACAAUGAAGAAAUACUAUGAUCGGUUACUAUUGUGUAUAAAACACAUCAAAAAUGUCUUAAAAAAAAAAAAAGCCUUCUGCUCCAACAUGCUUCCAUUUGUACUUUUUUUGAGAGGUGAUGGUGGGGAGAGAAGUGAUGUUGAGGAGGAGGGCUAAAGCUUUCUCCAGGGUCAAUUCAUGUUUGUAAUUCCACAGAAAUGUUUUUACCUUAUUAGUGUUAAAUUAUUAAAAGUUCUUUUCUUACUGUAUUGCUUUUUUUUGACAAAUUCUUUCUUAAAGGAAAAAGAAAGAAAAUACAGUUCUGGACAGUGAGGACAAAGGUAAAUGUCACUCAGCUUUGGGACAGAGAGGGGAGACCCCACCUGUUGACUCAGUUGUAAAACAGAACUGUUGUUCAGUUUGGCAAAAUUUGUACCUGGAAUAAUGCUACAAAAUGUAAAUAUGUGAAGAUUUUGUAAUGUAGAUUUUUAAAACACACUAAUGUGCAAUGAUAUGGGGUUUUUCCCCCUCUCUUAAGGACCAGAGAAUAGGUAUUUCAUUAUAAAAAAAAUAAGAAAAAGUACCUGUGUUCCUGAUGCGUUUUUGACUGCCAUGAUGUGUUGACCUUGAAUACUGAUAGGAACCCAAAUCUGCAGCUCGAUGGUAGCGUUAAAGCCAUUUUUUCCGUUUAUCUAUAAAAGAAAGUGCACAAGGUAGUAAGUGUUCUUUAUUGCUGAUUGCAGAUAGACCCGAUGACCUACAUUUGAAGCUCUACUUACAUUAAAUCUGAAUUCUUUGUUUUCAAGAAGUCCUUCACUAACAUUCACGUACAUUAAAGAAUCUGGUCUAAAGAGAACGAUAAAUCAAGCUAAGUGAAAAGUGAAUUAAGAUUAUUAUCAAAAUUCAGUGCAUCCAACACCCCAGAUGCAUUAAGUAAUUAAGAGCUAGCGUGGUCAGAUUUGUUGUAGCUGGAAUGUCUGUGCAGUCUGUCUAUAUUUGUGUAUAUGUGCAGUCCAUCGAUUAGAUGCAUCUUUGAGCCUG